UCGGUGUUAAGCUAACCCAUUAUUUUUUUUUUAGAAAAAAACGCUAUCAGCCCCCUUCCUCGAUCCGGACGAUCCCCACUGCUGAUCUUACUCCCAUCAAUGGAGUUUCAAGUUCUUCCUGUCACCCAUUUCGACUCAUUUAAAUUCUGAAAUUUCACCUCCCCAUUGAUCACAGGUGGGGCGUGCUACUGAAUAACUCCUACAUUUCAGAAGGCUGGAAGUGAAUCAAACUAUCUUUUAUUCAUUUGGAGGAGUACGGUUUCCAAUUUUCUCAACCCAACAAUGAGACGUAGAAAUGCUAAUGUUGGACGACAGCAUAAACGGCGGUACUCCAACUUUAUAUGGUUGGCGUUGUGUGGAUUCGUAGUUGUACUCUUUUUUAUUGUUCUUCUUAGCAAAGAUAAUCAACCCAUGUCCAGGCCUGCUUUUGCAAAGAAGUCUUACAGGCAAGACAGAAUUUUAGAAAGUCUUAAUGUUACGGAGGAGAUGUUGAGCCCAACUUCACUUACAAGGCAGCUCAACGAUCAAAUUGCACUAGCUAAAUCUCUUGUCGUGAUAGCUAAAGAAAGCAACAACCUUCAAUUUGCAUGGGAACUAAGUGCUCAGAUUCGCAACUCACAGGUCCUCCUUUCUAAUGCUGCUACGAGACGUAGCCCAUUGACUCUUAGGGAGUCGGAAACUGCAAUCAAGGACAUGGCGCUUCUGCUGUACCAAGCUCAGCAACUUCAUUAUGACAGUGCAACCAUGAUUAUGAGAUUAAAGGCUAAAAUGCAAUCUCUUGAAGAGCAAAUGAGUACAGUGAGUGAUAAAAGCUCUAAAUAUGGGCAAAUCGCUGCCGAGGAAGUCCCAAAAAGCCUCUAUUGUCUUGGUGUUAGGUUGACAACUGAGUGGUUUAGAAAUCUGAGUGCACAGAGAAAGCUUGCUGAAAGAAAAUUAAAUGUCUCAAAACUCAAAGAUAACAGACUUUAUCAUUUCUGUGUUUUCUCUGACAAUAUCCUUGCAACAUCAGUAGUCGUAAAUUCCACUGCAGUGAACUCGAAAGACCCAGAAAAAGUUGUUUUCCACCUUGUUACUGAUGAGGUUAAUUAUGCACCUAUGAAGGCAUGGUUUUCAAUGAACGACUUCCAUGGAGUAACAGUUGAAGUCCAAAAGAUCGAGGAUUUCAGUUGGCUCAAUGCUUCCUAUGUUCCAGUCCUAAGGCAACUCCAAGAUUCGGACACCAAAAACUACUAUUUUUCAGGGAACAAUGUAGACAACAAAACACCUAUAAAGUUCCGGAAUCCCAAGUACCUCUCGAUGCUUAACCAUAUCAGGUUCUAUAUCCCUGAAGUUUUCCCAGCUUUGAAGAAGGUAAUAUUCCUUGAUGAUGAUGUUGUUGUUCAAAAGGAUCUCUCUCGUCUAUUCUCCAUUGAUCUAAACGGCAAUGUAAAUGGGGCAGUUGAAACGUGCAUGGAAACAUUUCAUCGGUACCACAAGUACUUAAAUUAUUCUCACCCUUUGAUUCGAUCGCAUUUCGACCCUGAUGCCUGUGGGUGGGCCUUUGGAAUGAACGUCUUCCACCUGGUGGAAUGGAGGAAAAGGAAUGUCACAGGUAUAUAUCAUUACUGGCAGGAAAAAAACAUAGACCGGACUCUCUGGAAAUUGGGCACUCUUCCACCUGGGUUACUGACUUUCUAUGGGUUGACAGAGCCGUUAGAUCCCUCAUGGCACAUUUUGGGUUUGGGAUACACCAAUGUGGAUCCCAAAUUGAUUGCUAAAGGGGCUGUACUGCACUACAACGGAAAUUCCAAGCCUUGGUUGAAGAUCGGCAUCGAAAAGUAUAAACCGCUAUGGGAAAAAUAUGUUAAUUACGAUCAUCCUAUACUACAGCUUUGUAAUGUUCACUGAAUCUCGUAAGAUGGUGAUUUCCUUUACCCCUUUCGAGUUUCCGCCUUUUCCCGUCCAGCAUCAGCAUUCAGCUGUACUUGGGACUCAUUUUUUAGACAUGCGCGAUUCUUGUAGCACUGAUUAGUGAUGAAUAUGCAAAUUUUUUGAACAGUAGAUCUUUUAGACAUUGUUAUUUAGCCUGAAGCUAAAUUAUGUAACUAGCCCAUCUUCUAAUUUACUUGAGUUUCGUUUGAUUGCGUAACUAACUUGUCGUCUUGUAACGGUCGUAUUAACCCAAUUUUUCUAAAACAAGCGCACCACAUGGUGUAAACUUUGAGUAUGAAACAUCAGCACAAUACAACUUCAUACACAACAAUGACA